UGACUUGCCCCCUUGUCUCGUCUCACUGACGUGCCGCUCGCUCGUGUGAGGAAUUGAGGGAGCGAACCCCCUCAUCAGCAAGUUGCCGAACCCCCGAGUCAGACGCGGACGGCUUUCGUUUCGUAUCGUCCUGGCUGUCCCUCGCCAUCGUCAAACACGACACAAUACGAGUCCGGCAUCAAGAGAAGAGGGAAGAAGACCCAACAUAACCGUGUGACAGCGCUGCAGUUCCCAGUUCUUCUUGCUCAGCCAGACCUGAUUCGUACACCAAUCUCGACCAGCCCAUCUCAGAUCUUGAAGCGUCAUCGUUUCUCAUCUCGCUUCUCUCUUUUGCCAUGGCGAGUGCCACAGGUAUACCGAGUCGCUCUCCCAACGGCCUGGGGGCGGACGGGCCGGCGCAGACGCGAGAGACGGAGCCUCUCCUGGGGCGCCCCGGUGAUGCUGCUCAGCACGAAGGGGCGGCGUACUGGACGAACCUCACGUUGGGGACCGCCGUCCUCGCGCAGUUCGGCGCCUUCCUCCUCGUCGGCAUCGUCUGGGCCUCCGUCUUCACCAGUCCCCUCAUCCUCUUCUCCGGUCACCCUCUCGCCCAAUCGCUCGCCGUCUUCGUCUUCGUCCAGUCGGUGCUGUUCCUGCAGCCCACGCACACGGCCGCCCAGAAGCGCGCCGGCCAGCGCGUCCACGCGUCCCUCAACCUCGUCGCCCUCGUGCUGCUCAUCUUUGGCGUCGUCAUUGUCGAGUACAACAAGGUCGCCGGCCGGAACCCCCACUUCCACUCCGUCCACGCCUACUUUGGCGUCGUCACGAGCAUCCUCCUCAUCCUCCAGUACCUUGUCGGCUUCACCAUGUGGGCCACGCCGGCCUUGUACGGCGGCGAGGCCAGGGCCCGCAAGCUGUGGCGGUGGCAUCGCCUGUUUGCCUAUGUCGUCGUCUUGCCUCUGCUGCUGGUGACCGUCUUCUUCACUGUCGACACGUCCUAUAACCAGGGUGUUCUGAAGAUGAAGUGGUGGGGCCUCUUGAUUGCAUUGGUCUUGGUCGUUGUGGGUAUCUACCCGCGCAUUCCCCUGCACAAGAUUCGCGGACAGAAGCAGAACGGGGUGUUGUCUUCUACAGAGUAGGUUCUCGGGAAAGUGAGAACUGGCUUUGUUUCAACCCUGGAUAAGGUACGGGACGCCGGUGGCUUCGCGCCAAGUAUCUUGGCGAGCUUGAAGGCCACAGAAGCGUAUGGUGAGCGUCCCUUGCCUGGAAUCUCCUUCUUUGUUGAUGCUGGUCGUCUAGAUGGUGUCAGAUACACAGCCCUAUGACGGGAAAUGCGGCUGGUCCAAGCUUAGCGAGAAUACAACGUAUGAAUUGGCUU